CUAUACGUUGCGAUUUCUAUUAAUCAAAGUCAUAGACGCAAAGCCCACUCGACGCGAACUCGCGCUGAGCCUUUCCAUUUGUCUUCCAUUCAAUUACCUAAAUAUAAUGCCUGAUUUAGCAAUGUAUUGGUUACAUAUCUAACCUUGGCUAUACAACAGCCGCAAAAACACGACGCCAGCGGCAAAUGGCUCUCUCAGGUUCGACGCGCCAGAGGACUGCGACUCGCAUGCUUCCUUCUGGCGUCAUCGAUGCUUCAGUGGGGCCGUCGUCGCCACGUUUGGCCUCUACAACGCAGUCUUCACCACUGCCGAACAGCCCCAACCCUACGGGACGGCGCAAGAGCGGGUGCUUACCACUCUCCGCUUCUGAUGCGGUCUCAGGCGCCAGCGACGACGCAGCCGCAGGCGGCGAGGCUUGCUACGGCGGGGCUGACUCCUCGCCGCCCCACGUGCUGUCAGUGCCGCUCACGCUGCUCAGUCUACACAACGGCGGCCACAGCCGGCACUCGACACGCGAUCGUUCGAGCCGCGACACGUCACCAGGGCCCGCUCUGCUGGCGCGGGAGGGCAGCAUAGGCUUCGGGGAGACGGCGCCGGGUCUGGACUGGUCGACGGGCAGCCCAGGGGCCGGUGGCGGCGGCGCUGCACCCGCCGGCGGCGCCAGCCCUCGCGCGGGCGGUCCUGGCGGCGGCAGGCGGCGGACGGAGAUGGAGGGCGCGUCACCGACGCCGCGAGUGGGCGGGGGCACAGGUGUGCUUGCAUCACCGGCGGCGACCUCGCCAGUGACUGACAGCACCAGCAUCUGGUGCACGCCCGCCAGCAUCGACCCAACCACACUGCCGGCGCCAUCCCGCGCCGCCGCCGCCGCCAUUGACGCCAGCGGCCUCGUGCCGCAGAGCGUGGUGAUCGCCGCCGCGGCGGCCGCGGCGGCGGCUGCCGCUGCCGGCGGCGCGGGCGGCUCGCCUGUUCCUAGUGGGGCCAGCGGCGGCGCAAGCCCGGGCAGCAGUAGCGGCGGCACCGGCGGCCUGCACGUGACGCUGCCCGCCCACCUGUGUUCGCUGCGGCCGCCUACGCCGCUGGCCAAAGACGAGGACCAUCUGGUGGUGGUGGCGGCGGCGGUGGCGCACACCCACGCCUCGCCCACACGACGCCGCUCGCGCUUCGCCUCCUCCGCGGACCCAGGGCUGCUGGCGGCCGCGCAGGCGGCUGUAGCAGCUGAUGAGGCGGGGCUGCUGGAGUCGCCGCCGGGCAGCUACAGCGGCACCGGCGGCAUGUGGCCGGAGCACGGCGGCGGCGGCCGGCACGGCCGGCGCGGCGCUGGCGCGCCCGCCACCUCCACGAGCGGCACCGCCAGCGGCCCUAUCUCGCUCAGCUUCACGGCAGGGGCGGCCGCGGGUGUGGGCGCUGCCGGCAGCAGCACCGGUGGCAGCGGUGAGCUGCCGUUCCCGCGGCCGCCGCUGGGUGUGGCGAUGGAGCCGGCGCCAUGGAGCUCGCCGGGCCGGAGCACCAGCAGGCGGGCGGGGCCGCCGCCGCUGGGGACCGUGCCAGAGGAACCUUUGGUCGCGCAUGCACGCGGCGAUGCGUUCCCAUCGCGGCCGAGCGGGCUCGGACCCGCCGGCAGCAGCCCUGCUAGCCCUGCCGCGAGCGCAAUGGCCAGUGCUGCUGGUGGCGGGGGCGGUGUCGGCGGCCUCUCGCCAGCGGCAGCGGGCGCGGCAAUGCCGGGCGCGUCACCUUGCUCGCUGACGGGACGCAGGCAGCGGAUGAGCACACCGCAGGUGCCGGACCUGGACCUCGGCGGCCUGAACGGCCCGCGCUCGCCAAGCAUGACAGGCGGGCCGGGAGCGGCGGGGCUGGGGGCGAGCGGGCGGCGGGGUCCAGGCACCACAGACGACUCGUUGAGCAACUUCAUGCACAGCUUCGGACCCAACAGCCCUGCAGCGGCGGCGGCGGCGCGUGUGGCGUCGAGUGUGUGCGGCCCGGCCGGGGGCCGGUAGUAGCUGGGGCUGCAUUGCUUACCAUACCUCACUGGGCAGCUACGGGCUGAAUGAGAGCUCGAUGGCGGUGUUUGUGUGUGUGUGUGUGUGUGUGUGUGUGUGUGUGUGUGUGUGUGUGUGUGUGUGUGUGUGUGUGUGUGUGUGUGUGUGUGUCUCUGCGCAGUUGGAGUAGGCGGCGGAGGACGGGUGCCCGGACAUGCUUGCUGUCUGGCCUAGGUCCGUUACGUGUCAUUUGUUAUGCAGACGCGUGCUGGUCGGGGCCUGGAUCCGAUCUAGCUCAGUCCUUAUGCAAGUGCGUCCCGACCAGCGCAAGACCCUCGAUCGCUGUCCUGGGUGGUCAAUUGUUGGAGGCGCAUUCCGAAGACAUAUGCAUACGUCGUGUGGACACGCCGCGUCGACCGGAGUCACGGAUGUCCCAGCAUGGGUGUAUGGGCGCCUGAGUGGAGCCACGAGCUGGAUGUUAAGUAGGGCCGCGGAAUAAGGUAACCUUAAGGUAUGAUAAACGUAUGAAGACACGGCUUGCGUGGGCGGCCAAUACGCCCAGGUCCAGGGCCUUGAACCAUGCAGGGCCUGGCAUUUAUCACAUGCGAAGCUCACGGCCAGCAUAAUAAGGCAGUAUGUGGCAAGGGUCCUUGUUUCCUGGCGCGGGAUACAGGUGCGGUGUCAGGGCGGCCUCGUCUGUCGGGAGCAGGUCUGCAUUGGGCUGCAGACAGGUGCCGGGCUCACACACGCAUUCCUGCAGUGCGCUAUCAACGUGCAUGGCGAGUAUGCAUUGUGCAUGGCCAACGGACGAUGACGCGCGUUCUUGCGGUGUCACUCCGGGGCGUCUAUACUCUCGUGACUCCAUAGCUGUUUGUGUGCCGUACUGUGUGCGGCGCAGAUUUCUGCUUUAUUUGUGACUGGUAUUGUGUGGUGCGCGCGCUGCGCGUACUGUUUACGUCGCGCUGGUUCUCUGCCGCCAGCAACUGUUUUUAGCCGAUUUUAGGCGGUGGCAUGGAUGUUGGACGUGGGUUAAGUGCACCACAUGGCACGGCCGCAAGUGCUGGCAUGCUCGUCUGGUGCACAUACCGGUAGUGUGAACUUCUUGGGGCCUCACCUGAUGUGAAACUGCCAACCCCAAAAGGCAUGGGAUCAAAGACACAUGCAUACGCUGUGCACCGUGCGUAAGCCGUGCAAUGAAGUCGAGCAGCAUGGCAUGCAGACACAGUUCCCCAGUGAUGCACUCAGCAGGCAUGCAUGACUCCCGGAAUCCUACUGUCAGAAGAGGUGGAUAGCAUGCGUUGUGCCUUCCACACUUCCACCCAAACUCCCGUGCAUAUCGUUACGACAGGCGACAGCACAUAGUCGAAGACAGCCCGUGCGGCAUUGCCACGCUGCCCCCUCCCCUCUCGAAUGUGCUGGCACCCAAUGGGUCAUGAUGGUCCCGGUGAGCGCCGUGGCUGCCUUGAGACCUGCUUGAGACAAACGCCUGCGGCCUACCAGCACCUUGCCCGCCCGACACCCUCGUUCAACCCUCAACCACCCGGUUGGCGCCAAGCCCAGGAGUCGUGUGUGUCUGUGUGGGGCCAUGGCAGACGGCUAGCUAUAGCCGCGGCUGUAGCAGCAGCAUAGGCAGGUAGGGAAAGAGCAAGGCACCUCGUGAACCAGGCAGCAGCCCAGGGGCGGAGCCGGCGAGGUCGGGCCGUGUGAGCGCGGUGGGUCGGCAGCCGGGACCGAGGGCUGACAGCUGUAAACGCGGGGUCCC